CCCCUCCGUGACAGUCUCUCCCAGAGCUGGACGGUGCAGGGGGCGGAGGGCCGGCUGGGGCCCUCGGGGCCACCCAGGCUGUAAUGGAAUCUCCCCAGCUGGCUGCUGCGCCACGGCAGCUCCGGUUCCUGCCGGGCCCGAGGCUCUGACGCUGGCGCUCGGGCGGCAGGUGGGCAGCUCACGCGGAGGAGCAGCACCUGCGGGAGCCCAGGGCCAUGCGCAGUCCAUGAGGACGGCCCCGCGGGCCCGGAGCCCCGACCCCCGGCCAGAGACGCGGAGGCAGAGCAGGAGGAGUGUGGCGGCCGCUCGGGGCUCGCCGACGCCCAGGGCGGGGCGGGAGGGCGACAGGAAGCGCCCCCCCUCGAUCCUGAGGCGAAGCCAGCCGGAGCAUCCGGGCCGCGGGGCCGAGCCGCCGAGGACCUCGAAGCGUGUGCGGUUCCACGAGCCCGUGGAGGUGGCGGUCCGCUACAUCGCCGGCAGGGAGCCCACGCCCGCCACCAAGGCUCCCCGCCGGCCCAGGCCCCAGGCCCGCUGCCUGCUGCUGGGGCUGUCGCUUGGCCUGCUGCUGGCGCUGCUGCUCGGCCUUUGCUGCGGCCUGCCCAGGCCCCUCGCGCCGGCCCUGGAGGACCUGCGGGCCCGGCUCCGCGCCCUCGCCCUGCACCUGCGGCACGUGGCCCUCGCCUGCUGGCACUGCCUGCGGCCGCUGUGACAGCACCAACGCCCAGGGUCCUGUGGGCAGGGCCCCGGGGGCCACUGAGGGCCUGGAGCAGCGCGGGGUGAACCCGGGGCUACG